AUCAGAAAUAAGCUUUUGCCCGCGUAGAAUCAAAGCCAUACGACCUCCGAAGAUGCCAAGCAUAAAUGACAAAGAACACAUUUGCGCGGUUGCAACAAAGAAAGCCAAAUGUCUGGUCACCUAGAACCAAGUUCAAGUGUCAAGAAGUCUGCAUGCCUUCUUUACAAUACUCAGUGUUGUCAUUGCCGGAUAUGUCUGACAAGAAAUCACCUCCUAGAAAGGAGAAGACACUUUUUGUACGGACACCCCAGUCAGAUAAUAAAACACUGAAACGAAAACUCCUGGCAACCGAAUCCAGUCCUUGUGAAGACGAAGAGAGGAAAGCGACCCCAAAGAGGAAGAAGCCGUUAAACUCUGAGCCGUCUCCCACUCAAUCUAAUGCCCCAGUCACUCCCAAAAAUCCCAGUGGUAUCACUUCUCCCCGAACUGGCCCGCUUUCAGAGCGUCAGCAAAUGUUGUUUCUGAUGCGAUUAACAGAUGAGACAUCACAAGAUUCAACAUCCAAACCCACCUCUCCUCAGCCAGUAAGUCAGAUCGGGCCGAAGCGUACUCCCGGCGACAAAAAAGUUCACAAGCGCAACGAGCGCGGAGAAACACCUUUACACCUUGCGGCCAUCAAGGGGGACAUCAAACAAACGAAGAAACUCAUCAAAGCCGGAGCUGACGUCAACGUGGCGGACUUUGCCGGGUGGACAGCGCUACAUGAGGCCUGUAAUAGAGGUUUUCUACCCAUCGCCAAACAGCUGUUGAAGGCUGGGGCCAACGUCAACGUCCAGGGACUAGAAAACGACACCCCCUUACAUGACGCUGCAUGUAACGGCCAUGGAAAGCUGGUGGAGCUACUCCUAAAGCAUGGCGCCAACCCGCUUCAGCCAAAUCUUCAGGGCAAGACGCCAAUGGAUGUGGCGGCCACGCCAGACAUGGUGAAGCUGCUGAGGAAGGAAAUCAUCACAUCUAGUAGUGACAGCUCAAGUCUGGACGACGCCCGCUCACCCACCUCACCAGAGAGUAACUCGUCUCUGAAGGACGAGGAUAACAGAAAUACAGACUCUGAUGACUACCUAUCGAGACUGCCAAAACAAGAUGGAAGUUCCAAUCAGUUGGCGCUUAGCAGUAGGAGGUCGCUAAUGCCCAAAUCGGAAAAAAUGUCAUCACCUCGUCGUCUGUUUCUGAAGUUUCAGCGGGAACAAGCUGACGAAUUUCACGACAAACCUUCAAAAGAACCUCAUUUCACAUCAUAUAGUGUUACAAUGGGGCCAAGUGAACACAAGGAUUUCUUGUCUGUAGACAGUCCAGUGUCCAGUGUGGAUAGUGACCUAUAUGACCCUCAGCUGGACAGUGUUAGGAGUUUGGACAAAGUGCGGGUCAACCUUAUGGACAGUGAAGAUGGCCUUGGGCCUAGUGUGUUAACACGGGACAGAAUAGGGUUAAGUGGUGAAGGAAUGGGACAUAUUGGGCCACUAAGUAGCGAUAGAAUUGGACAUGUCGGGCUAGGUGGCGAUAGAUUCGGACACUCUGGGUUAGGUGGCGAUAGAAUCGGACAUGCAGGGCUUAGUGGACACGUAGGACAUGGUGGAGAUAGAAUUGGGCUUAGUGGUCUCACUGGGCUCACUGGGCUCACUGGGCUCGGGGGGCUCAAUGUCCGAGAAGGAUUGAGCCAGUUUUCAGGUCAGGGGAAUACGUCUGGGAACCGUGUGGACGAUCACACGCCCUUGACAAGUGUAAUAUCAGGUAGUAAAACAAAAGUGACUUCUUCCUCUAGUGUUGAGCUUGGAUUAAGACUUGGUAUGGGUGAGUUUGAGAGGCUCAGUAAUCUAGAGCCAGAUGGUCAAAAUGCUGAGUCAAUGGUCAACCCGGCUCCUACUCCCCCAACAAAAUUCCACCUCAAAAUGAUGGAAACACAAGCGUUUUCUCCACAUUUUAGUGAUAAUGAACAGAGUGAUAGUGAACUCAAAGACCCCCCUCCCCUCUCCAUAGCAUCUGUGUUAGCAUCAUCCUCAUCAUCACUGACAUCCUCAUCAUUGAUUACGUUGUCACAGAGUGGUAGGAGGGCGAGUGUUGGGGAACAGUCUACACACAUUCCGCAUAGCAGUAACUCGAACAAUCGCACCAAGUUAAAAGAAUCUGUGUCGGAUCCCGGUCACGGUAACGGUGUGGGACACAAACCAAUCGCUCUCCUAAAUACCACUACCACCUCCGUAGUCAGCACAACCACCACCAACCCGGUAAUUUCAUCUUCAUCUACAUUGUCGUCUCUCUUUACAACUGUGGUCGAUAAGAACAUCGGUGAGUUACAUAAUUCUCAAAGUGUAGUUGUACCCGUAGUGAGUUCUUCGUCGGACAGAUUAGGAUCGGAACGGACAGCUCCUGUCGCCACUAGUUCCAUGUCAUUUCCAAGGAGGAACAGUGUUUCUAGUGGGAUGAUUGUGAGUAGUAUUAACGGCUCCCAGGACGGGGGAGGAGGAGGUCAUAACAUUGGGGCGGGGAGCGGUGAUACCCUCGCCUCGUCCUCAGGGCUAAAAUGGGAAUUACGCUCUUCUUCGUCCUCCUCCUCUUCUCCCAAAAACAUUGAUGAGUGGGGCAAUCUUCUGCCAUCCACAAAAUCUGAGGGCAGACAAAGUCCAACUAAAUCUGAGCAGGACCAAGAAAACAAUUCUCCAAAGUCUGACAAGGAUGGCAGGGAAAGUUACAGUAGACCAACAUCGCCAAAAGUACCACCAUUAAAAAUCAUAAUUCCCCCCAAGGCAUCAACCUCAACGGCUAGCUUGGAGUCGGUUUUUGUGAAGUCACACUCCUCAAAGCAUGCACUUCCGUACGUGAUAAAUCCCACACAAGAACAGGAAGCCGCAGCAAAAUCAUCACAAAUGAAUCAGCCCAUCCCCAUGACAACACUUCCGCAGGAGGGGGUUCCUACUACAAGUAGUCCCGCCUCCUCCCGCCCGUCGUCGCGGGAAAGUAACACAGCAUCAAAGGACAGUGAUAAACAGAGUUCACAAAAAGAUACAAACAAAGAUGACAAAGUCUCGGUGUUAGAAAAUUGUAAACAGUCUGUGUCGGUAGAUUCUGUGGAGGAGGGUCUGGCUACUCCGAGUCUACCCGGAGACCGGGAGAGGGAACAGGACAGGGACAAAGAUUCUGGUAGUGUCAAAAGUGGUAGUGGUAAGGAAAGUGAAAGGGAGAAAGAAAAAAGUGAGGAGGACAAAGAAAGUACACAGCGAUCCACAAGGACCUUACGAUCUCACACACAGGCUGCACUUCAGCAAAAACAGACGCACGAAAAACAUCACAAGGGAGAAAAACCAGAGAAGGGUGGAGAUAAACAGGAAAAACAAGGGAACAAUGACACAUCACCUAAAGAAGAACCAACGUCAAGUGUUUCAAAGAACAGCAAAGAGGAGGAGGAGGCUUUUGACAUGUACCCGAGGAAGCGAAAGUUACGAUCAAAAAUAGAGACAAAUACUGUAUCGCAGCCUGCACCACCGGAACCACCUCCAAUUGUACAACUGCCGCCGGUGUCCUAUGAGAAACCUCCCAAUCCCUUUGAAUUGUAUCUUUCUAUCAGGAGACAGGUGGCAAUGAAACAUAAGCAGUGGUCAGUGGUGCAGCCGAAUGCCCCGAAGGGCUAUAAGGACUACCUGAUGGUCAGCUGUAGUUAUGUACUACAGGGCAACAACGCCAGCACCCUGUCUGUUCCCAUGCUGUCUCCUCCCAACUCUGUGACGGGCACAAUGCGGGAUUUGUUCGUUGAGCAGGAGAAGGCACGAUACAAACUCCGACUACAGCACCUCAUAGAGAGGGAAAAGCUGACACUUUCAGUGGAACAGGAAAUAAUCAGGGAACAUGGUAGGGCAGCCCGCGCCAUGGCCAAUCAGAGUCUACCUUUAAGUAUGUGCACCUUACUACGAGACGAGGAAAUCUACAACACUAUUGAUCCGGAACAGGUGGAAGAAAAGGAGAAAAAUGUCCGUUCCCGGUACAAUGGUCGACAGUUUCUUUCAUGGUUGAAAGAUGUGGAUGAUAAAUAUGAGAAAAUUAAGGAGUCGCUUCUUCUGCGCCAUCACCAUGAAGCGGAAUCUUUAUUUGCUGUGCAGAAGAUGGACUGGGAAUGGAAGAUGAAGGAAAUGAGUUUAUGUGACCACAAGAGUGCACCCACGAUAGACGAUCUCCAUGUUCCCAUGGUUCAAGUCAAUGACGAUUUUGAGCUUCGGCCCACGUAGCAGUAACGGCAGCUUGUUAGAAGAUUUUUUUUUUUUUUUAAUGACAUUUCAUUUCUCACCAGUUAACAUGAUAUCGUGAACAAGUUCUGUCGCGUCAGAACCACCGUGUAUAGAAAGACUGCGUUAGUAGACUCACAAGGCCAUUUAAACAAUUCAUCAAUUCAUCAUGGAAUGAUGUGUGCUAUUAUUAAGUAUGGUAGUGAAAUCAUGGUAUAUAAGAUUUCAUGUACAGCCUGUUUGUCUCUGUACAUAACGUGGUCUGGUUUAGUUCAAAUAUUUGUCUGUUUCUAUCUGUACUUUGCAAUGAAGGUUGAAUAGCUUGAGAACGGAUGGUGACAUCAGAUACCAAAUUUCUAAACUCGGGUAAAAAAAAAAAAAAUGGAAGAAUAUGUAGAAUUCGUGAAAGUGAUGGACCAUAUUUAUUAAUUUCACAAAGAUUCAUAGCUAACCGGUAGUUCACUACAACAAAUAGUAUGUUACACUUAUCAAAUCUCGACAAAAGCCAUAUUUGGUGAUACUUCAGCAUGCGUCAGACUUUCAUUAAUUGGCACUAAUUUUCACGAAUAAUGAAAAUAAUGUAUACAUGUUGUAUUUGUCUUUAACACUGGGAUAUGGCAUUAAUGAUAUAUUUGUAGAAAUCAUCAGGGCCCGUAUUCAUGAAACCGUUCUAAUGCUCAAGCUUGGAUUCUGUGCUCAAGCCAGCUUUCUUGUAACCCACCUGAAUCAUGUCAACGAGUCAAAAAGUCAAAUUUAAAUAUUGAAAACAGUAUUCGGCUAUAAGUCUCUUCAAUUUUUGUCCAAAACUUGAACAAAAUAAGAUUUUUUUAAAUGUUGUAUUACUGGAACAAGAGAUUCGCUUGAGCACAAACUCCAUGCUUGAGCACGAGAAUGGUUUCAUGAAUACAGGCCCUGGACUUAUUGAAGGAAAUUGAUAACUGUGUGUAUAGCUUCCCCGUACUCAGUAAUGGGCUGGUCCCAUUGGAAUUGAGUCGACUCUGUUUUUAGUAGAUGUAAUAACGGGAUUAUUCAUCCAAGAUUAAUUAACAAUUAGUUGACAUCGUCGUAGAUUUUUGUGUAUAUUCACUCACCUCCGUAUCUUUGAAGAUUUCUGUGAUAGAAAUUUUAUCAUUCAAUCCUCAAAAACACCAUUGGUUCAUCAACAGUGCUUUCCGGUCGUUCAGUGAUGGGAGUUAUCAUUGUAGCAUCUCUAAAAUGUCGUAUCACUUGGUAAUUUUGAAACUAAAAAAAUUACCAAAUGUUUGGGAAAUUUAAAUCAAAUACAGUGUAUCACAGAUUUUCUGUAUCGUCUAGAUGUUUGUGAAAGUUAGUGCUUACUGAAAUGGAUUUUUUAUUUUUUUUUAUCUUCACCCUGCUAUAAGGUUUUUUUUCAAAAUUUAUACAGUAUUAAUCCUUUCACCACUGUAGACUAUAAUGAACACAUCAAUGAAUGGAAAAAGCUACUGAAGUUACAUAGGGAUGACGAGGUUAAUGAUAUUAGACCUAUAUAGAGCUAUCAUACCAUCAUCUCUCUCAUCUUCAUCGUUGUCGUCGCUUUUGUAAAUAACCUUCCGAGUGUAUAAUUAUAUACAUUGUGUACAAACUGAACAUACACUGUAUGUUUACCGUUGUGAGCGGUUUAGCUCGCUGAGUACUUUCUAAGAGAUUCAUGUCUAUUAUCGAUGUUACCGAUUGAUAAUGCACAGUCUUUGUUUAUCAAUUGCUUGUUGGAAUAUAUAAAUAUAUAUAUAUAUAUAUAUAUAAGAUGAAUACAUAUUUUUUUGCCAAGAUAAACCGUUUCAGAAGCAGAAACACGGAAAAACGCAUUUUAGAUAAAUUUAAGAACAGUUAAGUGUAACUGUCUCGGGAGAAAUAUAAUAUCAAUCUAUCAACGGUGAAAUUUCGCUGUGAAUAUUUGUUGUGACUAUGGAGACGUGUGACUGAUUAUAGUUGUGUGUGAUUUUUUUCCCCUGUGUCUUGUCUUUCAUUACUUUUUAUUUCUUUUGACGGUUUGGAAAUGACUCCAAACGUCAUUAAUUUAAACAAUUGGAAUACUGUGCAUUUUAUUCCUAUUAUGUUAUAUAUAUUUUUUCUUCAUAUGGGACACCUAUUUAUAAAACUUACAGCAUACGAAGAGCUAAAAUGUGCUAUUGUACUACAUUUUACAAAUGAUUAUUUAUCAUCUUUAAAACUCUUAGAUUUAAAACAAAGAGAACCCUCCUCAUUCUGUGUAUCACAUUCUUCAACAGCGUUUUUCUUCUUCUUUCUUUUUCAAAUACUUUCAAUUUAAUAUGUAUUGUAAAAUUUGUCGUUCAAAUUAAAAAAAAACAUCUGAAAAAUCUUGAUCUUUUCAGAUUAACAAUGAUAACAGUUUUAACUUGCAUGCUAUUUCUAUCGAUGUCACAAAAAUAUCAUCUUUAUAAAAACGGAUAAUUUAAUAUCAGUUAUUUGCAAUUCCUUAGAAAUUGUCAUGAGCACAAUUUUACCUAUAUUGCACUGUCUAAGUUUCAAUUAUGAUUCUGUUUUAUCUGUUGUUGUGUAUAAUUGUUUUAUGUUUUGAAACAUUGGAUUUAAUAUUAAAUUGACAGGGCAAUUUAAACAGUGUGUACAUGCAUAUAUUUUUUUAUAGUUUAAUUUUUGGUCACAGUACAUAGAUUUUGUAGAAUUCGUUUUUCUCUCUAGCACUCAGUUAUUUCAUUUAACACUUUACUUCAGCUACCUUGAUUGAAAACUUGAUUCUUUUCACAAAAUAUAUACUUUCCUUUUGAUCUUCUUGGGGCCAUGCAUGUGAUACAUUCUAGAGGCAUUUGUAAGACCUGGUAAGAUUUGAGAAAACAAUGGUUUAUGGUAUGUAAUCACUUUCAUUUCAGACAAUUUUCAACAAAGGUUGACCACAUUGUGCCAAUUAUAUGUAAUACAUAUGUAUGUCUUUUUCAUUUAAUAUCUUAUUUCCUUGAAACAGAAAAAAAUAAAAUAAAGGGGAAAAUACAUUGGUUUACAUUUUUCUAUAGGAAAAAAACUAGUUUUCAAAUAAAGAAAUUUGGGCAUUUUGUUUUAGAAUAUUUUUGGUAAUUGGAAUGCGAUAAGCAUAUGUAAUGGGGAAACAUUGGAGGUACACCAUUAACCCUAUUGAUUCGUGAGAAAACCAGAAAUGCUUACUUUUGGGGAAUCAUUAAUACACCCGUUUUAAAAGUUCAGGUAACCUGCUAAUCAAAGUGUGUGCUUUUCACUGUAUACAUUGCUUCAAUGUAGAAAAAUGGUUGAUUAUUAGAGAAUGUUGACUGUAUUCACACUAUAUAAGGUGUUUUAGUAUUAUAUUGUAGAGGUGACGAGUUAACUCGCAAAACAACCACUGUAUUGAAUGGCCCUUGGUGCAUCCCUUGAUACAUAGGUUUAUUUUAGAAAAACAUUUGACUAAGUGUAAUAUUUACUAUCGGGUAGAACUGAAAUGCAAACAACAGUUGUUAAAAAAAAUAUAUGAUUUUUCAAUGUUGUGCAGAAAUACUGUCAGAAAAAGAUAAAAUUGAGUCAUUUUAAUUUACAAAUAUUUGUUUGUAUUUUGAGUUCUUUGUUCAUCUCUGCAAUGAAUGAAUACCAGCUGUGACAGGUAUGAGAUUUUCCAAUAUAAUUUGUAUGGUAGGGAGGGAAACAAAUGUUCAUGGCUUAUCAUCUAUCGGAAUGUUUACAAACAUAAAAUGAUAUGUAUUGUGAAAUGUGUGUAGUUGGCAGAAUAUGGAUUAUAUAUUUCUGAUUAAUUUCUCUUGCCUCUCUUGUAAUUGAUUUUGGAAUAGUCUGUAGAAUUAUCACACUUGCUAUAUGUCAGAUGAAUACAGCUCUCCACAUCAUCCUGUUUUGAUUUUUAAAAAGUUUGGUCGAAGAAAUACACGUGUCGGUGUAUACAUACAUCAGAAAAACAUAGAAUUCCUGAAUUUCUUCGGAUUUUGGCAAAGUAGAAUGCACAGUGCAUGUUUCUUUGUACCUGAAAUUAUGUUGCACUUAUUUUACUUUUUAUUCGAAAUUAAGAAAGAACAUUUUGACACUGCUAGCAAAACAAUGACCAGUUUCCAGUUGAUCUUUCUGCAGUAAUGAUGUAAUCAGUAUGAAAACAGAAGUUAUCCAUUUUAAGUAUUGAAAGUCAACUUUUCUAAAAUUGGAAUUUCUAAUCCAAAUUUUAAUACUGCAGGUCACGUACGAUUGAGUCAUAAUGCUGUAAAUCAGAGGUGUUCAUGACUGCAUAAACUGUUAAAUUUUAUUCUGAAAUUUUUGAUCGCCACACUGGUAUAAAAGUUUUUGAUUGCCACACUGAUAUAUUGAAAGGGCUGUUCCAGAAUGAAUUAUAGGGUGCGGCAGGAGAGACACUUUUUCAGAGAUUCAACAUCCAUAAAAUCUUAAAAACAAUUUGAUAUAAGGAAUGGUGGGCAGAUCGGGUUUUAACCCCAUCACCCAUAAUAUUUCAAUGUAAGUACUUCCCACCUCCCCCAUACAAUAAAUUAUGGAACAGCUUGAAUGCUUUCAACAGCCACACCCCCGUACUAAAGUUUUCAACUAUUUUAUUCACUACACUAUGACCUUGAUCAACAGGGAUCAAGAUCCAUUAAUCAAGGCUUUCACCCCUAUGUAACUUUAGUAGACUCUACCAUGCAUUGAUCUGUAUGAGUCCAUUAUGGUCUACAGUGGUGAAAGGGUUAAGGCUUCUGCAACAAACACUUUUUUCUUGUAAAAGUAUUAAAAGUGAAAUGAUUGUUUUACACAAAGUUUUUCUAAUACUGUAGUGUUUUUAAUUCUUUUGCAAAAUAAGGAAGAAUAGGAUAUUUAUAUGUGAUAAAUCUUGAAAAGUAUUUCAUCGUAAUGCUGUCGUUUGCAAGAAGUUUCGUCUCAUUAUUUUUCUGCAUGCUUAACAUUUAAAACUUGCAUCCAUGGGGAAUCAAUUUUGGAAUUGCAUCCAUGGUAAUUUUCACAAACUUUAACUGUUUUUUUUCUUUUUCUUUUCUUUCGGUCGUUAUGAUCUUCAUUUUCUUUAAAGUUGAUUAUAAUAAAUGUUAUUGUCUUAUCUCCUAUAAAGUCAUCCCAUCUAUUGUCAUUGGUGUAAACUACUCAUGUGAUACUAGAGAAAUGAUCUUCACUCCCUUAUAUCUACAAUAGAUCCUGAUGUUCAGUAACUGGGAUUGGAACAUCUUUAAGAUUUUGUCUUAUUGCAUUUACAAUAUUAUUGGAGUCUGUUGAUGUAAUAUGUACUGGGAAUACAGACAUUUAGGAUGGCAGGUAGUACUGUAUGCUUUGUACUGGCUUUCUAACGUAAAUGUAGUAGUGAAUCUGACGGGAGCUAGAAUGUGAUUCUCUCGCAGAUUUCCAUUGGACAACAGACAGCUUAUGUUUCUGUGUGUAACUGCGUUUUAUUGGGCGGAGGAAAAACUUGAAUAGGUUUUCCUUUCCAAGUGUUCAAAUAAAAUGUACAGAAAU